UUGUUGUGUCAAUUUUAUCUGUGGUUGUAGUGUGUUGUGUUGUCCUGCAGUAAAUUUGAUAAUGCGUGUCAUCAUUUGGUUGUCCAGUUAAAUUGGUUUUUUCGUUUUAAAUUAAUUUUCGAUUAAUUAAAAGUAAAGCCAUAGUUUUUGAAAUGGCUCUCGAAGGACCAAGUAAAACCGAUAUUCAAUUGGUGUUUAAACGUCUUCGUGCUAUCCCUACGAACAAGGUUUGUUUCGACUGUAAUGCCAAGAACCCCACUUGGGCAAGUGUUACUUACGGCGUUUUCAUUUGUCUGGAUUGCUCAGCGGUACAUCGCAGCUUGGGAGUACACUUAUCUUUUGUACGAUCUACGCAAUUGGACACUAAUUGGACAUGGUUGCAGCUUCGACAGAUGCAAUUAGGUGGAAAUGCCAGCGCGAGUUCAUUUUUUCGACAGCACAACUGUACUUCAAAUGAUGCCCAGCAAAAAUACAAUUCUAGGGCCGCUCAGUUGUACAAAGAUAAAUUAUCUCAAAGUGCUACGCAAGCUCUCAAAACCUACGGAACUCAACUCAUGAUAGACAACGUCAAUCAAGGAAAUAUCGAAGAUUCGUCCGAAAAAGAAGAGCCUGAUUUCUUUGAAGAGCAUUCAAAUUCUGAUAAUAUCAAUAGUAAAAUUGAUCAAAGUCCUGCUCUGUCUGCCAAAAAGAUAAACCUGAACGAAUCCAUUUCCAAUGCUCCAACAAUUGCUCCCAGUGUCGAAAAUGCCUUUUCUUCGAACAUCAAUACUGAAAAAUCCCAUAUAAUUGGAGUGCGUUCUACAACCGCGAAAAGAUCAACUCUUGGCGGUAAAAAGGGUGGUCUCGGUGCCCAAAAAGUGAAAACUAAUUUCGCUGAUAUCGAAAGAGACGCCGCUCUCGCAGAUCAAAUCAAAUUUUCAGAGAAACAAGAAUCGGUCAAAGUGGAAGAUACGGAUAAUCAAGUUCAGUCAGUGAGACUUGCGUAUCAAGAUUUGAGCAUUCAACAAAAAAAAGAGGAAGAUAAACUGAAACAAAUUGAUCCCAAAAAAGCAGAACAGGUCGAAAGGUUGGGGAUGGGAUUCAAUACAAAGUCCGGUGUGAGCCAUUCCGCUUUUAAUGAUAUGAAAACGUUAGAAGUUGACGAGCCUGUGAAGAAAGAUGUAUACAGUAUGUUAGACCGUUCGGAUGAAGAUGACUUCUUUGAACGUUUCACCAGUAUUCCAGAAAUAGGAUCACUGCUUGCUGAAUCUAAAAGUAAGAAGAAGUCCAGUUACGAAAAGGCCAGUUACGAUGCAUAUGAUACGGAUAUAUUGAGCAUCGAUCGAAGCAAUAAUGAUUAUAGUUCCAAAGUUGUUUGGGAAGAACCUAAAUCUUAUAGUAUUCCGAAGACAACAUCUACUGCUCAAGCUCAAAAAUCAGCUAAAUCGUCCACUUCCAUAUCUUCGAAUUCUUCUGGUGAAGCGCAAAAGAAAUUUGGCGCGGCUAAAUCAAUUUCGUCGGCUCAAUAUUUCGGAGAUAAUAAUAAUUCUGGUGACGAUAGAAUGAAUUUGUGCCAGUUUGAAGGUAGCACAAGUAUAUCAUCAGCAGAUUUGUUCGGCAGGCCAAGUAUGGAGAAUAGCGGAAUUCAGGCUCCUGAUUUUGACGACGUGAAAGAAAGCGUAAGAUUAGGAGUAACGAAAGUCGCCGGUAAAUUAUCGUCGCUAGCGAACGGAGUCAUGUCUUCCAUUCAAGAACGGUACGGUAAUUACUGAUACAUAAUGCGCUGCUGUUUCUAUUUUUUCUAAUUCAAUUGCCGAAUUAAUUAAGAAUUUUUUAUUACAAAAAAUCUGAAAUCCUCGCAUGGAAAUAUCUGUAAUUUUUUCGCAUCGUUAUCUGUGAUUUCCGCUAUGAACAUUACAGAUAACUCGAUAUUAUAAUUUUAUUACGGAAGACGUGUUUAAAUAAAGAGACAGUAUGACGAGAAAUGUGAUUUCAGCAAUCGAAAUACCCUCGUUCAGUUAUGAAAUGUUCGAUGGUUUAAUCUAUAUGUAUAAUAUCAAUUUUUUGAAAGGCUUUGUAAUAUUGUGUGAUAUCGUGCAUUUGAAUAAUGUUUAAUCUUUCUCACCGGUGGUAAUUUCAUUCCUACGUCUCUUACAUGUGAGAAAACUUCAGCUUAAUAUCGCGACUUAGCAUAAUAUGUAGUAAACUGCCGCCGAUCCACUGUCUCAUAAAGAUCGAUAAAAGUCAAUUUUUAAACUUUUUGUGCCACUUGAAAUUUAGUGAAUGUUGAGUCAUUGUGUAUAUGUUACCAAUGUUGUAUAUAUAAUGUUUCGUUUAUAUCCGUUGAUUUGUAUUAGUUUAAGUUUGUCCGAAGAGAUUGAAAAUGAUGUAAUUAAAUUAUUCUAAUACCUUAUAUACCUACGCGAACGGAUUAAUUUAUAAUAUUACUUUGUUUAAGAAGUUUUACAUCGAAUACCUUUCAUUUUUGUUUCAUAUUGUAUUUCUGAGGUUUGGGUAAUUUUUAAAAUCUAGUUGUGUUUUUUUUUUUACCAGUUUCUAGAACAGUAUAAUUUUUAUGAUUUUCAAAGUCGUAAAAAUUUUCAUACGAAGUGAAAAUUACGUUGAGGUAUUUGUUAUAAAACGUUUCACGUUCUAUUUCGAAUAUAUUUCCGCGCGGAAAACCUAUGUACGUCAAUGUAACACCUGUUAUCGCAAAAUACAUGAUUUACGUGAAAA